CUUUCUUUGAGCCACGCCCACUCCUUCUCUCCAUGCCACAACUCCGAAGCAGCUUUCUAUAAUUCUGAAUUCCGCGCCGCACCUCUGACUGCGGUUUCCUCUUCGGUCCCUCCCUAUAUUCCCUGUUUUCGAAGUAUUCUGUCCAGCAGUCCCGCAGUCGAUCUAACCAAAAUGUCCGGGACGGACUACACCUAUGAUGAGCAGGGACAAUUCUUCCCGUACUUCAUUGUCACAAUUACCAGUCUCGUUACGAUUCCAGUCACAUAUUCGCUCUUGAAGCCGAGCAAAGAACUUGAGAACACCGCGACCCGGAUACCGUCGGACUUUACACCAGAACAUGCUGGUCUUAUCGAGAGGCAGCGGAAAAAGCAGAAGCGGCGAGAGCGGAGGAUAAAGCGGGCGAUUGUUAGCCUUGGAGGAUGGAUGGUAAUUGCGGGAAUGAUAUAUCUCAUCAUCGUCACUGCGCGCACAGUACCGAAGAUUUGGGAUCCAUACGAGGUGCUGGGUGUUUCUAGGUCGUACAGCGAACAGCAGAUCAAAAAACACUACCGAAAGCUCUCCCUUACCCUGCACCCCGAUAAGGCCCGCGAAGACCCUGCGAAGAAUAUCACAAAGGAGUCUAUCAACGAUCACUGGGUGGAGGUCACCAAGGCAUUCAAGGCGCUCACCGAUGAGGAGAUCCGGAACAAUUAUAUUCAAUACGGUCACCCGGACGGGAAGCAGAGCUUUAGCAUUGGCAUAGCGCUUCCGAAGUGGAUCGUCACGGAGGGUCAUGGCAAAUACGUCCUGCUCAUGUACGCUCUCGCGCUUGGUGUCAUCCUACCCUAUACCGUCGGCAAAUGGUGGUACGGAACGCAAAAGGUGACGAAGGAAAAGAUCUUGGUUGCGAGUGCUGGAAAGCUGUUCCGCGAGUACGACAACGACCAGGGCCAGAGCGGCGUGAUUGGAGCUCUGAGCACCGGCGAAGAGUUCAAUGAAGUUCUCGACGGACACAAGGCGGACAGCGGUCUUUCAAAGCUUGAGCAGAAGGUCCUCGCGGACGGUGCAGAGUCACCGGUGUCAACGACGCUUACGAAGAAGGAACGCCAGAAAAUUGAAGACCUAGAGGACAGUCGACGCAGAAAGGUUCUGACGCUAUUGUGGGCAUAUCUCGGUCGCAUCGAGCUGGACGACGAGACACUCAAUGAGGAGAAAUAUGAGGUUGCCCCAAUUGCGCUCAAGCUCAAUGAAGCCUAUGCUUCGAUCGCCCUGGCAUACGGUAACACCAAGGCAGUCCUGUCUGCCUAUCACACAUCGCAGAACCUCAUCCAAGCUUUGCGACCGAACGCCUCGCCUUUGGAACAGCUCCCUUACUUCACCCCUGCCGUUGCCGAAGCCGCUGAAGCGGAACGCUCAAGGACCCACCUUUCGAUCCAAGAGUUCAUGCGCAUCCCCGCUGAUCAACGAAAGGCACGUGUAGUAGCGUCUGGUCGUCUCUCCGAGGCGCAGUUCAGCAAAGCCAUGUCUGUGGCUUCGAAGCUGCCUGUUCUGCACGUCGAGAAGGCGUUCUUCAAGGUCGUGGGAGAGCGCUACGUUACCCCCAGCAGUCUAGUCCAGUUUGUGCUCAAGGCCCGAUUUAUUUCCCCUGGAGCGACGAACAUCCCUGAUGUCAACCCCAAGGACCUGCUCGACAUUGAUCCCGAAGAGGGUGACGUAGCUGCCAUCACCGGGCGCAAAGAUGAUCGUUCCGACGAGAAGCCCAUCCAGCCACCUCUUGCUCAUGCACCGUACUACGCUCGCGAUCACGCUCCUAGGUGGCAUGUGUUCCUAGCAGACAGCAAGCAAGGUCGAAUUGCGGUACCGCCCUUCACAUUCUCCACCUUUGAUAAGCCAAUCUUGAACGACGACGGCAAGCCAACCUACAACGUGCAAACAUUGAAGAUGCAGUUCGGCGCCCCACCUCAGCCGGGCAGCUACACGUUUGUCAUGUACAUGAUCUGCGACAGCUACAUUGGCAUGGACACCAAGAUGGAGGUAACGCUUGUGGUGGAGGAUGCGAGUAAAGCCGAGGAGGUCGAAGAGGAGGACGAGAUCAGUGAACCGGACGAGGACACCAUUGCCGGCCAAAUGCGCUCGCUCAAGUCCGGUGAUGCGCCGGGCGCGACGAAGAAACGCAGGGCUCGGGACGACGACUCAAGCGAUGGAAGCGACACCGAAGGAGACGUCGACUCCGACAGCGAGACGGAUACGGAUACUGACACGGACGAGGAGUAGAAUCGCUUCGAGCGGAUCACGAGUGGCUGACCUGGCCACAUGCUAUAAGUCACAGCUUUUAAGGUUGGCGUGGCGGAGAUUCCUGGAGUUGACAGUUUUCUAAUUGACAGGACAGACAGUGGACCAAAGCGGGUCUCGUCUGUCUGAUCACGGCAUUUGUAGGCGUUUCGAGCACACUUCUUCUUUUUCUUCCGGAUUGGCAUAGCUGCUAGGUAGAAGCAGUAGGGCGUACGUGUACAUGAGUCGAAAUCGUCACUACUUUUAGCAACAUCAUCACAUCAACCGGCCCGUUUUGAAGCCCAAGGCUCUUGUCGGUUGCAGAUGAAUGACAAUUUGAAUGGGAGGAGCCCAGUGCAAAACAGC